AUGCAUUUUCUUUCAUUCUUUUGUAUCUAUCAUAAAUCUACUUAUGAAUGUAGAACUCUUCCUUUCCACACUAAGCCUCUAUCUCUUUCUUCUUCUUCUUCUUCUUCUUCUUCUUCUUCUUCUUCUUCUUCAUCAUUAUUAUUAUUCUUUAUUGUUCUAUUUCUUUAUUUUUCUUCUUCUUCUUCUUCUUCUUCUUCUUCUUCUUUCUUCUUCUUUCUUCUUUCUUCUUCUUUCUUCUUCUUCUUCUUUAUCCUUCUAUUUCUUUAUUUUUAUUCUUCUUUCUUCUUCUUCUUCUUUUUUCUUCUUCUUCUUUCUUCUUCUUCUUUUUCUUCUUCUUCUUUCUUCUUCUUCUUUUUCUUCUUCUUCUAUGUCCCGUUACCUCUCAGGAUGUCGGUCUUCUUCACCUGCAGCAAGUCACGUGAAACAGUCGUCCCUCGCCUAGCGUCUGUCGUCUUCUAUCCUCGAUUGUUUAGAUUCUUUGUUCAUAUGGACUUCCGUCCAAAGCCGGCAUGGGGUCUGAUGUGGGUUCGGAUUUCGGCCAUUCCCUUAAUCUCCGCUGAGAAUUCUUUGUUUGACUCUGGAAAACUGAUCGCAUGCCCAAUUUUGGAGAGAUCCCUCUUCCGAGUAGUGGUGAUAGCAGAAUACCAAUCCACCCUAACUCCUUCCUUCUCGUAA